CAUCUCGCGCUUCUCCCGACAUUCGCAAUCCCAUCCGCCCCAACGUCGUACAUACAGUACGGGAGGAGCAAGGAGCGCCGCCUCUUCGAACCGCAGUUCGCCAUGGCGCGCCGGCAGCAUCUCACCGCGUCGCUCAUCCUGGGGCUCGUCGUCUUCUUCAGCAUCACCUUCUUCAUGACCGCCGGCUCCACCAGCGGUCGCAACGUCGCCGAUGUGUCCCCCGGCGCCGCGCGGUCUGCCCCGGAGAAGCCGCUGAGCAGGCCGCCCGACACGCAGCACGGCAGUGCGUCGUCGUCGCCCUUCGCGGUCGACCUGGAGAGCGCCGGCGAUCUCUUCGAGGGCGACUCAAUAGCCCCCAAGAUGGAGAACGCGACGCUGAAAGCCGAGCUCGGCCGCGCGACCUGGAGGUUUCUGCACACCAUGGUCGCCCGCUUCCCCGAGAAGCCGACGCCCGACGACCGCAAGACGCUCGAGACCUUCAUCCACCUCUUCGGACGGCUGUACCCGUGCGGCGAUUGCGCGAGGCACUUUCGAAGCCUCCUGGCGAAAUACCCGCCGCAGACGAGCAGUCGCAACGCAGCGGCCGGCUGGCUUUGCUUCGCGCACAACGUCGUCAACGAGCGCCUACAGAAGCCCGUCUUCGACUGUAACAACAUCGGUGACUUUUACGACUGCGGCUGCGGCGACGAGGGCAAGAAGGACAAGAAGAAGGAGGAGGGAAAGCGAGACGAUGAUGCGUCCGCUACUCCAGGAGACGUUGACAAGACAUCGUGACUUUUGUAUUGGCUACAAAAUAUUGAGCAUUGAGCGGGUAUGGCGUUAUCUACUAUCAAUCCCAAGUACUGGUUUGUAAACUGCAGUGUCGGAAUAGAUCAUGGCUUCUG